UUUUAACAUGUUUUCUUAUGCAUAGGAAAUUGUUUAGUGUAUUUUAAGUGUCGUCAAGUGUUUUACUAUUUGAUUUUCAGCUCUAAUGAGUAUGUAAAUAAAAUAUACCCGCUAAGUGAUCCAUCAAAUAGUUAAGUCAUCAUGAAACCUUCUAAAAGCAACGUUUUAAAACCAGUUAUAAUUUUGUUAGGUUUGACUAUACUGAUUUUUAUAGUGAUAUUCGCCUUCGCGAGGAAAGAUAGGCAGCAAGAGAUGCGUAAUCUUUUAGAAGUCUCAGAGGAGGAGCAGCUCAGAUUUGUUGAUGGAAUUGAUCAUCUUCUGUUGGACUUGGAUGGCGUGGUUAAAUUAGCAGAUACAGUAAUACCUGGAGCCAAAGAAUGUUUAGAUAAGUUUAAACGACUCGGAAAAUCUGUAAGCUUCGUAUCAAACAAUGCUCUAAACACUCCUGAUGAAAUUUUGCAAAAAUUACUUCGUAUGAAUUUAACUGUGGAUAUCAACGAUAUUUUUAAUCCCCAGAUGGCAGUAUUAGAUUACCUACAACGAAUGAACUACCAGAAAAAAAUAUAUAUGAUAGGAACCGACAGCUACAAGGAAUAUUUAAGAAAGGCGGGAUUUAAAAUCGUAGAUAGUCCGAAUGGAAUCAUAGAUGAAAGUAUACACAAUUUAUCAGAGAAGAUUAAGGAUGAUCCUGACAUAGAACUAGUUGUAGCAGACUUUGAUUUUAACCUAUCUAUGAUAAAACUUACACAGGCAGCACAUCAUCUUAGAAAACCAAAUAUUACCUUUUUAGCAGGGGGCGCAGAUAAGACUUUUCCUGGUUCUAAUGGAAAAAGUAUAGUAGCUUGUCACUAUGUUUAUAAAGCUUUGGAAGAUUAUAGCGGCAAACAACCUAUAACAAUGGCAAAACCAUCUCAACACUACAGCAAAGUCAUACAAGCUAGAUUGAAGAUUACAGAUCCAACCAGAGUUCUUUUUAUUGGAGAUUCAGUAAUAGAAGAUUUGGGAUUUGCUACAGUGAAUAAUUAUCAGAAACUUCUUGUUCUUACUGGAAAUACCAAAAUAAAAAAUAUUCAAAAUUGGACGUACCCGGAAGAAUAUAAACCAAAUUAUUAUAUACAGAGUUUGCAUGAAUUAAAUGUUUUAUUGGUAAAACUAAAAAAGAUGUAGAAUAAAAAUAUUU